AUGUUUGUUUCAUUUCCUUUCCGAAUUGUAAGUGUCAUUAUGCAGGUGAUGUGGACGUUCUCGAUCUAUCUGGAGUCAGUGGCCAUAAUGCCGCAGUUGUUCAUGUUAUCAAGAACUGGAAGUGCGGAAACGAUCACGGCUCAUUACUUGUUUGCACUCGGGUCAUAUCGUGGUUUGUACAUUCUGAACUGGAUUUAUCGUUACUUCACCGAGGGUUUCUUCGAUCCGAUAGCCGUGAUCGCGGGUAUUGUGCAAACGGUUCUAUACGCAGAUUUCUUCUACCUGUACGUCACUCGUGUGUUGCGUCAAAAGCACGGUUUGCAACUGUCUGCAUAG